AUUCCCCUCCUCUCCCUCCCCGCCCUCCCGCCAGCACCUUGGCGGUGGCGAGAAAAUCCCUCCCGGGAGCGCGAGUGGCGAGCAUCCCCCUGCCCUCCCCCGGCGCCGCCAGCCUUCGCUCUUUGUCUUUGCUCCGCUUCACCCUUCCUCCGGUAGCUCUCACUGCUCCGGCCACAGACUUCCUUUAGGUCAGCCCAGCUGCGGCUGCAGCACAACUUGCAGCCAAGUGGCAAAGACGGUUGUGCCGCUGAGGCGGCCCCGGCGGAGAGAAAUGCCAGCCGGAGAUUGAUGGUCGGCUCAGGCCGGCUAUCCGAGUCUCCAGGAAUGCCAGAUCAGAGGAGGCAGGAGGUGGAGUUACAGACAUUGCAUCUGCAAGCUGAGGUGGAAGGAGGCUGAGAAAUGAGGAAGACCGCACACUCCUUGUGGGCCCAGAGCUGGCGUACAGCAGCAGCACCCAUUCCCUUACGGGGAGCAAAGUGCAUCCAUUGCAGCACACUUUAAUGUGUGUGUCCUGAUGGUCUUUGUAUCCGCCCAGACAGUCCAUCCCCAUAACGCUGUGGCUUUUUUGUACCUGCCGGCUGCUUGGCAGCCCCACCAUGCACCACUGGGUGCAAGGCACUGCUGCCAUGAAGGACUUGGUUAAGCGCGUGGUGCUAAAGACCCACCCGUGUCAGGAGUGCGGCAAAUCCUUCAGCAAGAAGGGAAACCUGAAGAGACACCAGCGGAUCCACACGGCAGAGGAGCUCUUCACUUGCAGGGAGUGUGGGAGGCGCUUCACCACCCGGGGCCACCUUGCGACCCACCAGAGCAUCCACACAGGAGAGAGGCCCUUCUGCUGUGGGGAGUGCGGGCGCUGCUUCCGCCUGGAGAUAUGCCUGGCCGCCCACCAGAAGACACACGCUAAGGGUGGUCCCUACCUCUGUGCUCGGUGCGGCAAGAGCCUGAGCACAAAGAUCUACUUCAACAUCCACAUGCGGACCCACAGAGAGAAGAGGCCAUUCGCCUGCACCGAGUGUGGGAAAAGCUUUGUGAAGAAGGGGACGCUCACGGCCCACAAGGAGAUCCACAAGCGAGAGAAGCCCUUCAAAUGCCCUGACUGCAGCAGGUGCUUUGGACAAAGUGCCACACUGCUGGCCCACCAGAAGAUACACCUCCGCGGGGGACCUUUCAUUUGCACGGAGUGUGGGAAGAGCUUGAGCACCAAGCGGUAUUUCAACGUCCACCAGAGGAACCAUGCUAAGCAAAAGCUACUUGAGGGACGCAUCAAUGGUGUGUCUCUCCAGGUCAUCCAGAUUAAAGAGGAGCCUGAUUUUGCCUUUAUGUCAGAGGACAAUAUGUUGGAGAAUAUGUCCCGGGAAGGCAAUGUAGCCCAGGGGUGCAGCAUACCUAGAAACCCAUCUAAUCCAAAAAGCCCUCCUUGGAAAAUCCAGAUAAAGGAGCAAACAGACCCACCCACUGAUGACACAGCAAACAUUACUGCGAUAGCCUGCCAGAAACUUCACAUCAAGGAAGAGCCACCAGAAAACCCGGACUAUGGAAAGCUCUUGGAUCCAAAGAUGCCACUGAUGGGUCAGGGGAGACGGUUUAAGAAGGAAGAUGCUGAUGGGCAGUAUGAUCGGGAAGUCCCUAUAGCCAGUAACUGGGUGCUCCAUAUGAAGGAAGAACCACAGGAAAGCAUUGAAUUUGGGAUGUAUUAUGGGCAGAAGUCAAACCUCGGUGCUAUCCAGGGGAUCCAAAUUAAAGAGGAACCUGGUGUGGAGGCCAACCACCACGAGAGCCAGAGCCCAAAGAGGAAGCAGAAGAAAUGCUAUCAGCCUACCAAAGAGGAGAUGCUGGAGAACGAGGAGAAAUCUGUGUCCAAGAAAGAUCCCUCAGCAAAAGGAGCUCCCAAGGGCGGACAGAUAUUCCCCUGCCCUGAGUGCGGGAAGAGUUUCAAUCAGAAAUCAAACCUGACCAGACACAGGAAGAUUCACACGAGCGAGGGGCCGUACAAGUGCAGCGAGUGCGGGGAGAGCUUCCGCAUGAACCGCAAGCUGAUCUGCCACCAGCGAGUCCACAUGAGUGAGCCCUUCAAAUGCACCGAGUGUGGGAAGAGCUUCACCCAGCGGUCAAACCUGGUUCGGCAUCAGAGGAUUCACACCAAGGAGGAGCCCUACCAGUGCCCUGAGUGCGAGAAGACCUUCAACCAGAAGGCCAACCUGUUCCGGCACCAAACAAUCCAUGUCCGCAUGGGGCCUUGCAAGUGCACCAAGUGUGGGAAAUGCUUCCCUCAGAAGCGUCAUCUUAUUAAACACCAGCUUCUCCAUUCCCGAGGUGGGGCCUACAAGUGUGGGGUGUGUGGGAAGCGCUACCGGCUGAAAAAGUACCUGAGGAGGCAUCAGAAAAUCCACACACGGGAAGGAACUGCUCCCUGUGCAAAACAGGGGGAGGCCACAAGGACCGGCGGUGAACCCCACCACACUGAGCAGACAGCUCUGGCCACCAUGAAGAGUGAAGAGGAGAGCUGAGGGGGUCUGGUGCCUGCUUCUGGGGGAAAGUCCUUUGGGAAAGGGGAAUGAUGGAGACAAACUCUGCCGGCCUUAUGUGUGCAGUAUCUGGGGGUGGGGAGGUCAACCUGAGGGGACAGAGUAUUGAUGGAAAUUGGUCCUCUGCUGCUGUUUUCAGAGUACAACCCUCAGGGUACCACCUGCUCACAGCUAUGAGAUGGGGCUGGAGAGCCAAGCCUCCUCAGAGCACUUGGAGAUGCAGGGAUAAGAGCUUGGCAUCCUUCCUAACGGUAUGCUUGUGCCUCUGAAGCCUGCCAAAGUUGUGUAUGCCAAAAUUGUCUUCUGUGGGCAAUACGUAGCCAGGAGGACCAGGUAGGAUUUAUUUUUAUUAUAUUGCCGUGUUUCUGAGAAAAUUGAAGGGAACCACUUCCAUCUAGGCAAGGGUUAAAGCAAGGGCCAACUGUCUUCUUCCCCCUCCUGUAGCUCUGAUCCACACCUUGAUCCUACUGGGCUGACGGACUCUAGUCAACUGGGUGGUAUUGGGAUAAACUACUGCCAGCCAGACCAGGGUUUUAAGCCUUGAAUCCCCCAAAGCAGGCUCCCAGAUUGGCUUAAACCAGGUCCCUAAAAGUAAGUUAUGCAAAAUCAGUGACUGUUUUUCCAAAGCUAGCCCAGAGGCCGGCAGAUUGUAUUCUGGCUUUUGCCCCCACAACCCCACUGUGCGGACGUAAAUGAGAGUGGCUUUUCUUAGCAUGGAGUUUUACAUCUCUGAUGAGCAGGCGGCUUUGCCACCACAAGUCCCAGAGGCAUUGGUGUUUUCACCAGCUUGAGCUGACACUGGUGCUGGUUCUCAGUCACCUCCUUCCCUACCUGUCAAGCUCUUGGUGGGAUAUUGACUUUUUUUAGGGAAUUCAAACCAAGAAGCAGGAAUAGUUGAAAAAAUCUUCAGACUUUAUGGAUUAGAGAACUGGAAAAUCUUUCCUUGUUGGGAUGUUUUUCCUUCCUCUCCCUGGUGUAAAGCAGACUGUGCAGCUACUCAAAAGCAUGGACAGUUCAGCAGCCUUUAUUCUCACAGCUGAUGAUUUUGUUUGAGUGUUCCCAAGUCAGAUGGAUCUUUGUGUCUUGAAAGACCCUGGUGAAGUGGAGAUGUGGAGGGAAUCCACAAUCCCCUGAGCCACUCCCCAAGAUUUCUCUGCACCAACUGCUAUGUGGCCUCCUGGGCACUGCAGAGCAAAGACGCAUAUUAGGGUUCAUUGUGUUGCUGUAAAAUGUGGAGUACAAGAGACAAGUAGAAAAGUGUUCCAUGGUGAAAAGGUAGCUCUACCUCUUUGGCUUUGUCCAGGAAAAGACACCCUCUCGCCAUCCCUGAGACACACACCUCCUCCUUUUCCCUGGCCAUGUUGCAGAUGGAGGCAGAUGCCUCUUGGAGGCGUCUGAAAGUCUGCAGCAUGAUGUGGGGCAACUACCUGCUGUGGUGCUUCAAGCCCAGGCUGAUGGUUAUCUGUACUGCCUACUUGGAGCAGCCACUCUCCAGGCAGGGAAACUGAGGCAUGGAGGGAAGGAAGGGAACAGGGAAAAUUGUGUUUGAGCUUUGCCUUUACCAGCUACUUGGACCCCACUGGGUGGAGGUGUUUUCUUGUGAUGACUCAAGCCCAACACGGAGCACAACUGCCGAACCCCAGAAGCACAGAGUAAUUUUGGUGUUUAGACUUCCUCAGCCUUUGGUGUAAUCAGGCCCAGGAUAUGAUUCCAAACAGCAGAGCAAGCUCUGACAGCAUCUGAAGGAGCCUAUCUCUGUCUCCAUCUAUCCAAGCCCCGGCCUAUAACCUGUAGGCAAACUGGUUGAUAUGAAGCGUCCUCUCAAGUCCCUCUGACCGGGUGGAGAUUCAUUUCUGGAGCAGAAAAGACAGACGUAUAGGGGAAAACAAUAAGCUUAGGAUGUUUGAGGGCAGCCUAAGGGACGAAGCAAAACAGCCUCUGUUAGGCGCGCUGAGGGGCAGAGGUAUAGCAGAGCCCUUCAAUGAGAAAGUAAUCACCAGAUGGCUGACGGUUAUUUCCCUUUCAUUAGCCUGACGUAGGGCUGUAGAGAUUUUUACCAGUAAGGGGAACAGGAACGAGAGGUUUGCCAGUUGUAUUAUUGUGUCCCUGCACAUAAAGAGUGCAGUGAGUCAAUGUCAGUAGUUUUCCUGGACAUCACUGGGUCUCUCACCGUUGAGCACGGCCAGUGUGGAUGUCCCAGCUUCUGGGGAAAAUCAGGACUGAUAGUUUGUAAUAUCUCCUCAAUAAAAUAUUUAAAGAAAAAAAGAAACAGCGAGCCUCUUUUCUGGUUGGUUGGUUUUUUCAUGAGCUAACAGUGAGAGAACCACAGUACAUUCUGUCCAUGACGAAGCAGAUGAACAAUGCCAGGGCAAGAUGCAUACCAGUGGUAACCAAAUGGGUGUUGUUGGUGAAGAGCCCUCCAGGCUCUGCUGACUGUGUUGAGUAGGUCUCCACCGACUGGGCUGAGAGCUCACACCACCACAUACUGACCACAGGGGUCCCAUCAGUGACCCACACGUAGGUAUCGUGUGAAGCGGCCUAAGGUGUCUGCAUAGGGCUAGGACACAGGCCUAAUGGGAGGCCUUGACCUUUAUGGAUGAGCAAUUGGUGGCCAGGAAGGGCAUCUUAGGGCAUCUCAAAUGGCACCAGACACCACGGUAUGAGAAACUGAAACAAUGCCCUAAGUAUGGGUGUUUUCAUCCAUGAGCUAAACUCCACCCUCAGUGUCCCACCUGUGGCAGCACAAUGCUCAAAGCACAAAGGGAGUCUUCCUUGGGUACCACCAGGAUCUGCCUGGGACACUACACUGUGACUUCCUCAAGGCACCUCCAAAGAGAUGACUUGCAGAUAGUUCGGGCUGCUAACUCUGGUGUGUGCUGCUGAUGGUUGUGUUGGGUUUGAAUCAAGACUACAGAAUAAUCCCAGCUCCUAGACUCAAAAUGGAUUAUCUGUGGACUGAAGAAAGCCAAAUCCUUACUCCCUACCCUUCCCAGUAGCAAAAUAGCCUUCAUCUUUUUCUCCCUGUCUGAGCUGAUGCAGGCAGGACGCAGGAACAACCGUAAAACCAUGGGUGAAAGGCAAAGAACAAGUUUAAUCUCGAUACCUCACAGACCAGGGGAUCUCCAAAGCAACACCCAGGCAGAGGCACGCAAGCAGGGGCCGUGGGCACCGCGGAGCGAGAGGGAGUCCUUGUUAGCAAGAGUCCUUGGCAGCGAGAGAGUCCUUGUUAGCGAGAGCACACGCGGACUCCCUGUUCUUGCUGGUAUUUAAAGGGUUCAAACAGGCAUUGUUUUCCCACUAUGCUUUGAUCUUCUUCAACAACAGGCCAGGAUUCUCAAGCGGCUGGAUAAGGUGUCCCUGAGUCCAUCACAGACUUAUGUCAUCUAAGUGCAAGUGUUUUUCCUGCAAGCACCUGAGACUGAAUAACAAUUAGUGUGAUAUAUGUGUUUUCCAGUACCCCAGGUGCGAGUCACUUGGGCAUAUUUACAAUCCUCCUUGCCGAGCUUCCGUUGCUUUCCCACACUCCCUAAAUCCAUUAAAAGGGCUCCCAGAUAAUAAUAAAAUGCUUAGAAUGCAAAUCAUUGCCCCAUUCUCCACUGCACACAUUUUAUGCAGAAAACCACAUCUGUAAGCCUUCACUGAGCAGUCUCAGUCACCAGGUGAAAAGGGUGCCCCACAAGGUCUGAUUUUGUCUUUGGGUCUAUACAGUAAAUUCAGCGUGGUCAAGCUGAAACCAAUGGAGUUAAAUCAAAGUGAAGAAGAGACAUCCACGCUCUGAUGACUUUUAUAAAGAAAUCUUCUGGUCUUGCACACUGGGUCAGAUAGGCCUUGUCUUGAGGUAAUUGCUGUCCUAUUUCCAGCCAUGCACAUUGUUUCUGUGGAUUUCAGGAGGGAUUUGGCUGUGGGACUUUUUUUGAUCACCUCGUUGACUCGUUGACUAUCUGUGUCUAUCAUCUCAGCAUCAGUUCUGUCUCCAGCAUUCAGCAUGACAUGUCUGGAGGAGAGAUGGAGACAGGCUGUGUUGGGGAGCACUUGAGCAAGAGUGCAUAUUCCAUGCUUCGAAGGGACGAGUGGAGCAGAUUGGCGCUCAGCAUGUUCUGGUAUGGUGGGAAAGAGAGGGUCUUUGGAGCCAGAGCAAACAUCUGCUCCAACAUAAGUGCCUUGGGAUGUUUACUUGCCCUUUCAGAACGUGAUAGUUCCCAUGAGAACUUCUUCGAGAAUCCCAGGCUGCAGGGAGCCUGGUGUCACCGCAGAUGGGGACUGAGGAGAGGAGAAAGACCAGGGUGAAAACUGGGUGAGCAACAGGCCACUCAGUAUCACAUACUUCUACACACGGUUUAUGGACACUAGCAACCUCCAUGGGGAAUGAGUAUUUACUCACCACGACUACCACCUUAGCUACCUCUCAUCACAUCCAGGGCCAAAGUGAUGCAACCAGGUAGCACCACAGGGGACCAGGUUAUCAACCUGAACUGCCUGUAGCCAAGACACGCUUGGAGCCACUGUCCACAUCUCCUGACCCAAAGCACGGUUCCUUCCUUGAACGUGAUUUCUUGUGCUGGAACAAAGGAAACGUGAGAGAUCUGCCUCAAAGGACUGAAGCUUCUGACUAUUUCCCACCUGCAGAUUUUCUAAACAAGGGCAUAGAAAGACCUGUGAUCUCCUUUUCUAGGGCCAGCAUUAGCCUGAAAACGAGAGCGGCCCCUGCAACGGGGAGGGUGAGGUGGGCAGUGCAGGCCUGUAGCUCUCUGCUAAUUGCACGGGAGACGAUUACAGCCUAUUGCUGCCCUUUGCAAAAGGACUGCUGGCCCAUGGGGACAUUGCAGAGCCCUGCUGUUUACUCUGUUUUUGCACCCCAAGCUGAUUUCUGUCUUUUCUGCUUCUGUCUGGCAUCUUCCCUGGGGAGCUGCUGUUUCAAAGACACCAACCUCCUCCAAGUCACUGCAAACCGAAGGCAGAAGUAGGAGGCAGAGACGUGGAGAUCCUUCCCUGCCAAGUCACGAGAUUUUCUCCUUUUUCAUCCUCUGAAAAAUGGGAUAAAAUGCCUUGCAAGUGGAAUAAGAUACAGACUGUUCUUGUUUCUUUACGUGCGUUGGCCUCUGAGGAACAGAGCAGACUCAACAGUGAGGGUCUGACCGUAGAGAACAACUUAUGCUAGGAGGGCCACAGGGUUUUGAAGUCAUGCAAGAAUUAGCCAUCAUUGUACCUGUGCUGAAGUUCACCUGCUCUUAGACACGUCUGCAGAGCAGAAAGCCAGUCCCUGCAGGAGACCUGAGAACAGCACUGAUGGGAGCUCGCUUUGGGGAGAAAGGACUUACGAGAGGAAACUAAAUGUUGAUCUUGUGAACUACAAGCUAAGCAGCCCUAAAAAAUAGUUAUUCGUGGUCACUGCUCAUGGUGUUAGCCUAGGGCUGCAGGCAGAGGUUACCAAGACCCUUUUUGCUGCAUCGAUGAGCUGCAGUGCAUCGUGCAUAGUCAAGGGCACACACUUAUUCAGCCAACAUUGCAGGACCCAGAACUUCCCCAUCAGAGCAGAUGGGCAAAGAAGUAGAAAAACCUCACGACAAAGAAUGUGUUACUUAGAUUGAGUUAACUUAUAAUAGCUUUAACUAUCUUGGGGUAGGUUGAAGAACAGAGAGAGGAGGGGGGAACGUGAAAUAUGGAAGAGGUGGCUGUAAAGUCUCUAAUCAGAUGGCAAAAAUGGGUUGUGCAUCACAUCUACCGUGAAGGAGAGACGCAGAGCCUGGGAAACACCACAAGAACCUGGGCUUCCCUGUGGGAGAGUGUUAGAUCCAAAUCGAAUCUUACUCACAGGUUUGCCUGUUUGUAUUGUUAAUUUAUAAUCAAUGACUUCAGGCUACAAUAAAG